AAGCCACUGUCACUGCACUCGGCUCUUUCCGGAAAUCCCCGAAGCCACUUUCACUGCACUCGGCUCUUUCCGGACACUGUUCAUCCUUAGCUCGGAUCUAUAUCGUUUUCAGGCCUGCGCUGAGCUCCACAGAGGCGCUUUUAUUUCACGAAAAUGCCCACGAUUAAGCUACAGAGUUCCGAUGGGGAGAUUUUUGAGGUGGAUGUGGAAAUAGCCAAACAGUCCGUCACUAUCAAAACUAUGUUAGAAGAUUUGGGGAUGGACGAUGAAGGAGAUGAUGACCCUGUCCCUCUCCCAAACGUCAACGCUGCCAUCCUCAAGAAGGUGAUCCAGUGGUGCACCCAUCACAAAGACGACCCCCCUCCCCCUGAAGAUGACGAGAACAAGGAGAAGAGGACGGACGACAUUCCAGUGUGGGACCAGGAGUUCCUCAAAGUGGACCAGGGAACGCUGUUUGAGCUCAUUCUGGCGGCGAAUUACCUGGACAUUAAGGGUCUUUUGGACGUGACGUGUAAAACUGUGGCCAACAUGAUCAAAGGAAAGACCCCCGAGGAGAUCAGGAAGACGUUUAACAUCAAGAACGACUUCACAGAGGAGGAGGAGGCACAGGUACGCAAAGAGAACCAGUGGUGUGAAGAGAAGUAGCUGCACCCGUCGUCACCUGUCGCCCCCCGUCCGCCCCGCCCGCCCACCCACCCACACUUUACAGAAGAAUGUCCCCGUAACACAAAACCAACUCACACAGACACAAACUGCACUGGCGUUGUUCAUACUUGUUAAUAUUGACAUUUAGUAUAUUUAGAAUCACUUUACCCACAAUGCUCCUCUCCUCCUGUCCCUUUCCUGUUUCCCGUUUCGAAAGCAUGACCAUUUUAACCUGCGUGAUGUAAUUAAUUUAAAUAAAGCUUUUUGUUUUGACACUUUUUUUUUCUCUGUUGGCAUACUGACAAAACAUAGUCCACAUUUAGCUUGUACCUUUAGCCUCUUCCUCUUUGCGAACUUUGUGGUUUUUUUUUUACUUUUUAUUUGAGGUCAGUGAUUUGAAUGAAGCUGGAGGCAGAAGUGACUAUUUUAUUUUCACAUCUGUAAAUGCUUUUGUGAUACUUCUGUUUAGAAUAUAGAAGAGUUGAAGAAAAUUUGGCCUAUUUUAAUAAAGGGGACAUAUAACGCUUACUAGAGAUGUGUUAACUUGGCAGGACAAGUUUUUAGUUUCAUGUUUAAAGCUUUAUUGUGUAACUUUUCCGACAUUUUUUCUUGGCUCCCUCCAUGGAGACGUUAUUGCGUGGCCUGGAAUGUUCCGCAGUGUUACAGCAUCACUAAUCUAUCGCUUCUGUUCACGUACAGGUGUUUUCACUGCUGAAGAAUACCUUGAAAAACACUCUUAAGUGGGCUCGCCUUUCCACAGAUCUGACUUUCUUAGCGCUUUAUUGCGCAGCAGCAAUAGCAUCUCCAUGGAGACGAGCAAACAGGCAGUGAAAAUGGUAGAAAAGUUACAUACAGUGGCUUUAGUCAGACACCACCCAAAUAAGAAAGUUAUGGGUAAGAAAAUAAUUUUAUUUUUUACUUUUCCGUUACUUUAAGUUCUAAAAUGUGAAAUGUCAAAGCGGAAAUGUCAAAUCAAGCGAAGCCUGAUGUGUCCCCUUUAGGAGAAGUGAAGCUUGUGUCAGGACUCUGCUUGUUUCAGAGUGACAGUGACUUUCUCUGAUUACGGUUCAUGUUGUGUUUAUUCGGUCAUUUUGGGCUCGUCCGACAUUAAAGGAGCAAAUAAAAUGUACUUAAAGGAAA